AUGCCGGCCUUAGCCCAGACGGUCGACCGCCCGGCCGGCCCCGUCUACAAGCAGGGCGCCGCCCAGCAGCCCGGCAAGGCGAACCGCUCGACGUUCUCCGUCUCGCAGCGCGACGCCAUCGAGCGGGCGGGCGCGCUGCGCGGCCAGCGCGGGCGGGCGCAGCAGCCCUACUCCGGCCCGGUCGUGGUCGCGCCGACGAAGCAGCGCGGGCCGGGCUACGGGCUCGCGGGCGUGCUGCGGACGCGGCGGCCCCGGGCCAAGGACUCCCGGGGCAAGGGCGACAGCCUGCUGUUCCUGCGCGACCGCGAGCACGCCAAGCUCGUGAAGCGCGCGCAGGAGGUGCGCCAGUCGGCCGCGGACCGGUGCCGCCGCGCGAGCCGCAUCCACCGGCAGCGGCGGAAGCCGACGGACGACGACGCGUACCACAUGCGGCCCAAGUGGGACACGCACCUGGAGCGGUGCGUGCGCGAGGACCGCAUCGACGAGCUCUGGCAGCCGAAGUCAAAGCCGCCGCGGGAGACCUUCGAGGGGCCCCCGCCCGCGCACGUCGACGCGCCGCACACGAUGGACCCCGGCGACAAGCUCUACCCGGCGCCGCGCCACACGGUGGACGUCGACGCCGAGGCGCUGCGGGCGUCCCGGCAGCAGGAGGUGCGGCGGCCGCGGUCCGGCUGGGCGCCGCCGCCGCACUUCCUCGCCCGCGGGGCGUCGCCGCCGCAGAGCAGGACGGCGGCGAAGCUCCGGCAGUGCCCGCGCUGCAUGGUCCUCUACCUCGCCGAGAACCACACGUGCGUGCCCGUGUCGAGCGCGCCGGUGGAGAAGUACGACGGGCGGACGGACACGCGCGUGCGCCUCCCCUCGCCGCGGACGUCGGCGCAUAGCGGGCUCCGAUGAUAAGGUCCAAAAAUAG